CGCUCGCUUAUAACCUUUUCCCCACAUCGCUCACUUGCCACAGGAUUACAAAUGGUUGUCCAAAUCCGCACUAGCCACCAGCACAGCAGCAAAAUGACUGAGACCGGCCACCAGCAGCCUAAAGUGGAAGCCAAUAUCCUGGUGCUAGGGGCAGAGAAUGUUGGGAAAUCAGCUCUGACCGUCCGAUUCCUGACCCGCAGGUUCAUUGGCGAGUACGUUGGCACUGAAUCCAUCUACACACACAAUGUGACCGUCGAUGGGAGAGAGACGUCUUUCAGCAUCUGGGAUUCCGUCUGUCCACAGAACCCCAAUGCUCAGAACUGCAUCACUGAAGAUCAGCUCCGCUGGGCCGACGGCUUCAUCCUCGUCUACAGCAUCUGCGAGCGUGACAGCUUCAGUGUGGUCAGGCAGCAGCUGCAGAGAAUACGACAGAUGAAGAAACGCCAUGGCCCGGUGCCGGUCAUCAUCGUGGGGAACAAAAGAGACCUCCAGCACCACAGAGAGAUCACCAGCGAAGAGGGACGCAUGCUCGCCCUAUCCUCAGACUGUGGCUUCUUCGAGAUCUCAGCAGCAGAGACCUAUCAUGGCUCAUUGGUGGUCUUUCACCAACUGCUGGAAGCGGUGAGAGAGAACAGGAGCUCGGUUAAGAAAAACAGCGGCAUUAAGGGCAUUGUACGGAGCAUGUCGGCCGUGUUCAGCAGGAGAAGGACAGAAUGAUGGGAUAUAGGUUUCACCCUAUGCUUUCUCACCUGUUGGACUAUCAAGUCAGCAGCACCUGGUUUGGCCCAUGUAGUCCAGCCAAAGAAGACGUUCAUGGUUAUCCUGAGGAUCUAUGUCCCAGUUGUGGUACAUGGUGGGACUCUACUCCAUCUAUUAGACCCUCUGAGGUCCAUAUCAAAAUGUACUGAAUUAUUCUGCCUGCCCAGCAAUACAGUGCAGGGUCCAUCAUAUCCAGACUAGUCUGCAAUAUUUUUUUGAACUGACCCAGCAGAUACCAGAGUUCUGGAGAAGAACUAUUUGCCUAUGUAGAAAGGCUUGAGUCCUCCCAAGAGCAGAGGGGGCUCAGAUGAACAAGGACGUGGAACUCUAAUAAAGGGCUAAUGAUUAAAUGGAGCGUCUUUUCGAGCAUAAUAAUAAUCUGCGUUAAGAGAACUCUACUUGGAACUGACUUGCCCACUCAUUUCACUCAAGCCUUCAUGGAAUGAGGGGCAGAUUUAUGGGCUAGUAUCAUUUGCACUAAAUGGAGGGCAAGGCUGUGCUCUACCAUCCAGUCUCAAAGGAGAACUACUAAAUACUAAUUAUUAAUGAGGGAGCAGAAAUACUGGUUUCACCUUCCCUCAGAAUGGACUGUUUAACUGCAACAUGCUAGAAGCUCAUGCCAAGCCCCUACCAAUGCUCCGUGUUAUUUAUAUUCACAUUAUCAGUUGGACACUCAUGAUCUCUAGUGGGCAGCACUGCUCUACUUGGCAUGCACUUGUGUAAAUAUCACAUAUAUACAGUAUAUAUAUAUAUGUACAGAUGUACAGAAACUCGUGUUAUUAACUUAUUUUGGGGGGCUGGGAGUUACUGUUUACAGCAGGGGUGCUUUAUAUUCUAAUUGCACAUAUUGUGGGUCUAUGUCAAUGUUUCAUACAAAUAAAGUCUCAAAAGAAA